UUUGCUUGCAGACUCUUUAAACCACCAGGCUCUCUCUACUAAUCACUUCAUUGUAGUCGAAUCACACUACAUGCGUCCACGAUAUGUCUGAAUCUGACGGUAUCCUAUAUGUUAAUGGUGCGCGCCUUUACUCAGUAGAGAAUUCUACCAAGUGCACCUGCCGCACGUUCCCAGAUGCCUCUCGAAUGCAGUCUGUGGACCCUCUCUCAUCUACCCUCUUUAUAUUCGAAUGUUUUUCAUCUCCCAGCUCUUCGGCAUGUGCUCACGCCCAUUAACUAAUUUUUCUAACGUCUCCCCUACCUUAACCUCUCGCUGCUGUCCAGUAAUCGAAGGACGAAACCUGUCCGCCAUGGACAGAGGAUGUACUUCUGAUCCAUAUUGCGUUUUAAAGAGCACGUUCAAUAAGCAGGUUUUUAAGACAAGUGUCGUAAAAAAGAAUUUGUCUCCAGUUUGGAACCAGCAAUUCAAGUUUUACACGACGCAGCUGUCCGGACACAUAUCCAUUCGCGUCUGGGACUAUGACCGAUGGACUCUAGAUGAGUUCUUGGGUGAGGUCGCCAUUUCGAUGAACAUGCUUAAAACUGGAGAUCGCAUAGAUGAAUGGUUUACGUUGAGCAACGAGCCUAAGAAAACUAAGAACAAGAACCCAAAUAAGCCCCCUGGAGAGCUUCAUCUGGUGAUGCAUUAUCCUAUAAAGAAGGCCCAGGUUGCGGAAAAACCGCUCUCUCCGAGCGUGAUACCAGAAGCAGUGCCGGAGACCAAAAAUGGCAACAUAGACGUUCAUUCUGUCUACACAUUUAGCAGAGAAUUAGGAAAGGGUGGCUUUUCUGUGGUAUACGAGGGCAUUCACAAUAAGACUAAGGAAAAAGUGGCGAUUAAGGUGAUUCCCAAGACGGCGUCUGAGCAGGACUUGAAUUUGCUGCGUCGGGAGAUCGACAUUAUGACCAAGCUGCAUCACAGGAACAUCAUCGAAUUGAUUGACGUAUAUGAUAGCCCGGAAAACAUCUACUUGAUAUUGGAACUCGUGACUGGAGGCGAGUUGUUCGACCAAAUUAUCAAUCGGGGGUCUUAUAGCGAGUGCGAUGCUGCCAACAUCGUCAAACAGAUUCUAGAUGCGGUUCAGUAUAUGCAUUCCAAUGGGAUUGCUCACCGCGAUCUCAAGCCAGAGAACCUGUUGGUCACGGGACAAAACAACGAAAUAAUCAAGGUCACCGAUUUUGGGUUGAGCAAGGAUUUUGGAGAAUCUGUCUUAUCGACUUCUUGCGGGACUCCGGACUACGUGGCUCCGGAGGUCUUGAGAGGCGCUCCGUACGAUAACAGUGUGGAUAUCUGGAGCAUCGGUAUCAUCACCUAUAUUCUCCUUUGCGGAUAUCCGCCAUUCUACGGUAACAACGACCAAGAAAUUUUUGGAAAGAUUCUGUUCGUUGAGUAUGACUUUCCUCCUGAGAGCUGGGACACUGUCUCGGAAGACGCCAAGGAUUUUAUCCGUAGUAUAUUAGUCUUGAAUUCUUGGAAGAGGCUCACGGCCCAAGAGGCGCUCAACCACCCGUGGCUAGUCGGAAACGCAUCUUCAAGUGCAUUGUCUACCUUCAAGAAAGACGCGUUCGAGGCCUACAAGACGAAGCGCAGCAAACAACGCCGAAAGCAAUAGCGAUGAAGAAGAACUGGAAGUCAAGCUUUUAAAAAAUAAGAAAAUACAUAUGAACAAAUCCUCAAUC